AUGAGCGUUUCACCUAUCCUGCCGUUUGUUCCAAGAAGCAAAGAAAGGUUCAGACCGGCGCUUGGGACCAAGACGAAGAUGCGCCUGACAGAAGCCGUUCUCGUGCUUCUGCUCGGCGUCGCAGCCGUCGUCUGGGCGGUCGUCGAGUUUGAUCCGCAGCCAAACAAUAGGUUCAGAACUGAAAAAAAUUUUCUAAACUUCUGAAUCUCAUCUUAAUUGCAUGAAUAGUAGAAAAAAAAUGCAAAAAAAAAGAUGAUAAAAAAAACCGACUUGCCAUUAAAUAUUGGCCUAAGCACAACGGGUGCACCUGUUUCAUUAACAGCAUUUACUCUAAGCUGCAACGCUCUUUUUUUCUCUAGAAAAAGAUUUAAAAAAAUCGGUUUUUUUGAUGUAUGGGGUCCUAGGAAAAAAACUCAGAAAAAAAUUCGAACAAAAAAAAUUGGUAAACCCGGCGCUUGUAAAUCCAAUAAUGAGCCGUUUACAGAAUAAAAUCAUUUUCUGAAAAUAUUCCCCAAACUUUUCUAGGCAUUCUACGCCUAAGAUGUUAGCUGAUUUUUUCUCUUUUUUUGCGAGUACUCUUUCCUGGGACUCCGUCCUUAUAAAGUUUGAGAACGAUAUUUUACACCUUGAACAACUUCCUAAUACUUCCUUUUUCGCCUCUUUGCAAAAUGCUCAGUUUUUAUAGGAUAUCUUAUUUACAAGAUUUUUAACUAUGAUCUAGAAAGAUAUUUAUGUUGAAAGGUAGGGCUCUGAGAAAAAAAAAGAGGAAAAACUAUGAAAAAACAGUCAUUUCCAGAAAGUUCUCAGUAUUGCGCGCUUCUACAGACGACUUGGAUCAAUUGAUCGCUCUAAGGGCUCUCUAUGAGAAAUCCCACCAAUUUGAGGUUCAUUAAAAUUUUCUCUAUGAAAAUUUGUAAUACAAGUUCAAAUAUUUUCGCAUUUCUCAGCCAAAUUCAAUGUUUCCUACAGCUGGACUUCUGGUUGACACCGAUGGCGGUUGGACACAAGGCCGAUAUUAUGGUACCGGAUUCGCAGUUGGAAUGGCUCUCCGAGACUCUUCGUGCCAACAACAUCACGUAUGACGUCACCAUUGAUGACGUCGAGAGGUUUCUGGGAGCUUCUAUGAAAUUAGAACCAAUUCCAUAGGUUGAUAAUGCAACGAGAAAGAAAGCCGCGACGGUUAAACUUUGAGAAACGACUCAAUAGCGAGAACAGCAACAGGGCCAGGGUACAGAUUGUUUCCUAGCUUUUAUCACUCUUUUCCUAACAGUACGCGUUUGGUGAGUAUCACUCUUACGACACGAUCGUCGGCUACAUGCGUGACGUCGAAAGGAAGUAUCCUGACCGAGCCAAGGUCUUCGACAUGGGAACGACUCACGAAGGGAGGUCCAUUUAUGGAAUCAAGGUGAAUCUUUGGAAAAAUCAUUUGGUAUUUUUUAAGAAAAAACUUCUAGACUCUACCAGAUACCUUAACAAGAGCUUCUUUUUAAAAGCUCUCAGCUGGAUGGAAAGUUGAAAACUUUUUUCAAUCGAUUAUUGUUGAGAUUUAUGAGCCUGUCAAAAUAUCUGUGUCAAAUUUUAGAAACGACAGUUUUCACUAGGAAAUUCGACAUCUUCGAAAUAGAAUGAAGGGAAAAAUCGGCAUGGAAACUUUCAGAUCGGUAAAGAUGUGUCUAGGACGGACAAGAGGAUCUUCUGGAUCGACGGAGGAAUUCAUGCUCGUGAAUGGGCGGCCGUUCACACCGUCGUCUACUUUAUCGAUCGAGUAUGAAUAUUUCUAGAUUUCAAAACUUUUCAUUUCCCUUGAAAAAUCUAUCUGAAGUAAAUGAAUAAAGUGGAACUGCAGCUAAUCGCGGACUACGACGAAGAUCCGAUCGUCCGCUCUUCCAUUGAGAACAUUCACUUCUACAUCAUCCCAGUGCUCAAUCCUGACGGUUAUGAGUUUUCUCGCAGUGAUAUUUCGCCGAUGGUAGAACAUUAUCUUUAAAUUAAAGCAAAAAAAAAAAAUGAACUUGAGGUUCGCUUGUGGAGGAAGAAUCGCGCAGGCGUUUUCUGUAAGAAAGACAGGUGGUUCCGGGAUCGUUGCUGUGGAGGAGUUGACUUAAACAGGAACUUUGACUGGUUCUUUGGAGGUUCCCGGGAAAAAGCUUGUGAAAAAGAGAAAAGAAAUAAAAUUCAGAACUCGGAUCAAGUGAUGAGAAAUGCUCAGAAAUCUACCAAGGAUCUGGUCCCUUCAGUGAGGCCGAAUCAAGGUGAUGAUGAAAAAAAAAGAAAUAUCGAAAAAAACGUUGCGUUUCAUAAUGAAGCCUCAAAGUCGAAAAAAUGCUUUUGAGAAAAAAAUAUUUUUCUUCAUUUUUUUAAUGAAAAUGUACGAAUUCUAAGACUCAAAAAAAUAAAGUGAGAGUUCGAAAAAAAUCUUUUUCUAUUUUUCGGAAUAUUUGGAAAUUUUUUUAUGGAUUAGGUUUACAAUUUCUUACAAAAAUUUUUUUCACACUUGGGCUAACAUGCUGGAAAAAAAAUAUCAUCGACAAUUACGGAAAAAUCAAGAAAAACUGCGGAAAAAAUCUCAAGUAACCUUUUUUGAAACUUAUCAACUAUAGUUGCACUAAAAAACAAUAAACCUAACCUGGAAAAUAUUUUCAGAGCCGUACGAGACUUGAUGCUUUCGAAAGAAGUCAAAGGCAAAGUGGACGCAUUCCUGACGUUGCACACAUACUCCCAAAUGUGGAUCCAUCCUUAUUCUCACCAAAGAAAGACGGUUCCUGAAGACAUUCGCGAAAUUGUACCAUGAGAAUUGAAAUUCAACUGACUUUGACCAUUUGAGGAGGAAGUUGGUCGAGCUGCAGUUUCAGCUUUAGAAAAGACGUUCGGAACGCGAUAUCGUUUUGGAACUGGCGCAGACAUUUUAUGUUUGUCUUUUUUUUUUCUUAAAAUCAGAACCUUCUUUUCAAACUCCCAAAAAAAAAGUUAUGGAAAAGUGUGAUUUAUGGUGUAUCAAGCUGAAUGGAAUGAGGUAUAUAUAUAGUUGACUAAAUUUUAUAAAAGAAACUUUGAAAAAAAAACUUCGAAAAAAAAAAGGAAAAAAAAAACAAUUUUCGACGCUCCGCAUCGAUAGAGCACCAUAGCUCUCAGUAAUUUUUUUUUCGAUCAUUUUUCGAUCAUUCUUUUUUUUUUGAAAACUUUCUCGUUUUUCGAUUCGAUUAUUUUUCGCGUUUUCGUAUAACUUUGUGGGAGGUUACCAUGAUAGAAAUGCUGGUUUUUAAAACACAGCCCUCGGUAUUUUUACAGCUUGCCUCAGGUAAAUUGACAAUAGAUUUAUUAUUGGGGCGCGCUUUUUCACACCAAUAAUUUUUUUUCUUUUAUCUUCUCGGACAUUGGUAUCACGAAACAGACAUGCCCUACACGUUUCUGAUAAACUCUAAAUCCCUUAAGAAUGCUGACGCAACUAAAGUGGUCACUAGAAAUGCCGCGAAACGUCCGAUACGCGUCCGUAUAGGUUGACAAUCUGAACCUCGCAAAAGCCUGACUAGUCUGCUUUGAACAGGUACACUUAGGUGUCAAUAGUUUUGAACAAACAAUAAUUUCAUUCUUUGUACUAGUGAAGAGCGAUUCCACUCAUUGUGAAUUUACUCUUCUUUUUUUUCCUUCUUUGAAAUUAAACACAGAAAAAAACCCUCAGCUGCUUUUUAGAGCAUUGGGCUGAUACCUGAUAUUGUAUGGCCGGCCUCGCAGUUGAUCGAACUCCGUCCGCCUUGGAUCUAGCGCCGUCGAAUUUUUAUGGAAUGAUCACAACAAGUUCUUCGAAAGUUUUCUGCAAUAAAUUCAACAUUGCAAAAAAAAAGCAAGUCGAUUGCAUUAUUAGAAUCGCAAUGUUUGACUGAUUAUCUAUGUAAAGUCUUAAGUAAGUUAGGUAAGCUUUAAGCAGUCAGAAGAACUAACUAGGCGGUACGCUAGAGCUCCGCUCGGCCUUGUCAGAACUAAGAAUCCUAGACGCCGAAAGCCGUGACGGCAUUUUCCGCGGGGGUCCCAUCAUCGCUUUGUCAGCAUCGCGCUGCCAACAGUUUGUGCUUCGGCCACCGGAAUGGGCUUCGGCGUGACUUUGCGUAUCCAAUUCGCAAGCAAAGAGGAUCGGCACCCCGGGAGUCCCGCAGGCCUAAUCUACUAGCGCUUACAACUUAGGAACUCAUAAACAACUUAGAAAAUGGAUGUUCAAAACUUAUCAGACGUUGAAGUGCAGAAGCAAGACGAGUCGUAAGGGAAGGAGAAAGGAUAUUUGAAUCCAGGUCAAAAAGGAUGAAAUGACACGUUGUCACGUGGUUUUUUGUAAGUGUUAUUUUUUCGAUAUCAGAAAAAUGAGACCUUGCCACGGGGCUCACGUUUUUUUUUUGCAGAGGAUGACAUUUUUAUUCUGAAUACAACUUUGCGUCCUGUCGCAAAAUUUAGAGCUAUUAGAGACCCUAAAAAACUUUUCAAAAUAGUUUUUUCUUCCGCGGUUUUGUAUCUUUUUUUCCUCUUUUAGAAACAUAAUUCGUGUAACUUAGAGCCAAAUUAAAUUUGAUGAUGAAGUUUGAAGUUUUUUUAUUAUAUAAAUAAUAUGAAUUAUAUCCUUUUUUCUAGUUUUUCACUGAUGAUGCCCGCGCAGGCUUUUUCUUAAAGAAGAAGCCCAAAGCCCGUUCCAGAACGUCCCAAUAAUAAAUAUCUUGUCAUAUUACGCGAGGCAAGCUGUACAAAUACCGGAGGCUCAAAAUAACUCGUUAAUAAUCCAUCUAAUAUCGCUCCUAACUGAUUUUGAUCAAGUUUUCGUUCAGAUCCAUCGGCUGGUGGUUCUGAUGAUUGGGCGAAAGGCAAAGGUGGUGCCAAAUAUGUCUAUCUCGUUGAGCUUCGACCUGGAGAGGAAGGUAUAAAGUUAAAAGCAUUUUUCACUUUUUUUAAAGAAUAGUAGUAAUUUAUAUACAGAUCAGUGUGAACCCCAACGAGUUCACUUUGAUAUACAAAUUAAAUAAAAAAAGUAAGAAAGAAGUAAAAAUAUAUAUUAAAAAUAAAAAAAUCAGUUCAGCCUUCGAGGAAUAGAGGGGAAAAAUUCGUUACGCGGUAAAUCGAACAAUAACUUUUUUUAGAGACUCUGGGUGAAGGCUGAACUGAAGUUUAUGUGUAAGUUUAUUCCAAAUAGGAAAUUUUUUUGAAAAAAAGAAUUGUUAAAAAACUGAUUUUGAGAACGCAGCCCAAGUGUAUUUCGCCUUAAAUUUUCAUUGUUUAGCCAGAAACUUCAUAUGUUCAAAACUUUGAUGAAUCCUGUUUUUCCGGAUAUUCAUAGUACUUUUUUUUUAGUAUGGGACGGCUUCAUCCUGGAUCAACGCCAACUGAUCCCAACAGCCAAGGAGACGUGGAACGGGAUAAGAGUCGUCGCGAAGGCCGUCCUGGACCGAGUUCCACGAAGCACAGGUCUCAAACUGACACCAUUACUUCCUAAAAGCCACACACGUUUUGCCUUGCAAUGCUUGCUUCAGUUUUUGAUCCUUUGUUGUCGAAUGCUUUGAAAUUUUCGCCAGAAUCGGUCAGAAUCCCUUCUACGUCGACGUCGACGUCAACGACAUCAGAGACGACUACAACAGCUACUAAUUCAACAAGAGAAGCGACGACUUCAGAAGCGACGACCACAGGAUCGACGACGACGACGACGACGACGCUGGAGCCGAUUCUGGAGGCACCAGUCUCGGACACGCCGCUUUUCGCGCCAAGCACGCCUGCCCCAUUGCUUGACGUCUCUUACGUUCUCGGCAAGCGGCGCUUCAAAUUCGUGUCCAUCGGCACGUUCGUCUACACGACCGCUCCGCCAACCGCCUUGCUUAGCCCCCCUUUGCAUGACGUCACUGACGAUGUCGUGCUCGUCGAACACGACAGCGAGGCUGAUGAUGAGGAAGUUGAAGGUGCGAGGUUGACGCCAGUCGCCACGUCGGCCCGUCGUCCUCGACCAACUAGCCAGAAUCGCGCGGUAACCCUUCUGACGUCUCCAGAUUCUUGCACGUCUUCUCGCAGGUCAUCGUCAACAACUCCAGAAGUUCAACAAUCGCCCAACGUCUUCGGCAACGACAGCGCAUCGGACGUAUUCGCAACACGUCUAGGCCUAGUAAGCUCGAUUAUUCAGAUCCUUUGCUUGCUUUUUUUCAUGCCUGCUUUUGCAAAUGAUAGAGUUCUGUCAAAUUUUAGUGGAAGUGUCGUCUUGUCAAAAUUAGCCUUAAAAAAAGAAUCCGAUUUUUCAGUUAAAGCUUAAAUCAAUCUUACUUUAUCAAACUUGUCUGUACCUUUUAAGUUGAGGCAAAAGAGAGCACACAUGCUCAAUCUGAACAAUUUUGUUGGCAAAAAAUUAUUAAGUUUCGAAAAAAGAAAAAUGACUCGAAAAUAAGAUCGGAUUACUUUUUUGAUGCUGUAAGCGAAUGCGAGUGGUAGAAAUUUAACCUGCAUAAAUGACUGUUAGAUUCGUCCAUUUGUCCGUAAAUUUUGGUUUUUUUGAAGCAAAAAAUCACAUAAUAGGCGAUUAAUGGUUUCUGUUCAAUGGAUUUUUCUAUUAUUCGAAAUCUUUUUGAGGUUGGUGCUACCAUCAGAAACUGUUAGAAAAGUUGAAAUAUAGAUGUUUCAGAAUGAAGUUUAACUAGUAAGUACACAUUCUACCAAAAAUAGUGCAAUAAUUCUGAUUUGAAACUGCUGGAAAUUUUAUGCCGUGUUCAAAGUCAUUUCCGCAAAAUGCAAAAAGUUCUAUGACCCACUAAAGUUAAUUUGUCUCUAACACUCUCUGACAGUUAUUUUGGAUUUCGCUGAAUCACUUUGAACACGGCAUUCAUUUUGUGAUGGGAAAAAGUUCUCUAAUAAUAUUCCUAUUUGAGCAUUUUCAUAGAAAUUUCAGAAUCUUCAUUGUAAAUUUUUCGAAUUACACGGCCUCUCCAGAAAUAAGAAGAACCUUUUAAACAAGCUGAAAAUGACUUUUCUCUUAUAGGGCAAACUUUUUGGAGUCUUCUGAGUUUCGCGCGCCUUGAAAGUUUUUUUGUCCGAGUUAGGAACAUUGUGAGAUUGAACGUUCUUAUCGCGGUUCAAGAAUAUUCGAGAAGAUUGUUUUUUAUUUCUUGGCAGUGAUGUAAGAUAGAGCAGUGGUACUUCUGAGAAAAAAGUAAAUGUUCUUGAUAAAACACGCUUUUCGCGCCAAAAUUCCUCAUUCAUGACGUCACCCACGGGAAUUCAGGGAUAGGAGGGACCAGCCGCGGCUCGACCGAAGUCAACGGAGGACGAUCAGCGACGGUGACGUCAUUGGUGAGUAGAUUGACGAAGUGACGAGGAGAUGACGUCACUUGAAGGUGUGCCUGGACAAGUCGCCGUGGUGCGCGGCGUGGCGUUCGACGACACCGGACGUGUGCCGCAUCUCCUCCAUCUACAUGCGUCGUGACUGCGCCAGGACCUGCGGCUUCUGCGCAGCUUAG